AUGUUUAAUAUUAAAUUUAGACAAGCAGAAAAGGUCUUUCAGAAAAUUCAAGCACAAGUGAGGACAAAAUCUCAAAUAGAUCGAUUUCUAGAUAAGUAUACAAAAGAGCACCCUGAAGUAAGAGACUUUGGAUUAACUCAGGAAGUUUGAGAAGUAUUCUAUGAGCUAAUAAAAGAUUUUCGGUACAGACCAUGACUUUAUACAAGGCAAAUCCCAGCUUUCAAUGCCGGGAAUGAGGAAGACGAUGAAGAUGAAAAAAAGAGGCUCACAGAGCUGAUGGAAGAUGAUUUACUAAAAAUCAUUCACAAGCAUUAUGAGCACGCGAGUCCAGAGAUAGUGAGUGAUUUAAUGAAAUGGAGAGAAAAUAAUUAA